GCCCUCGUCUGACGUUGCUAUUACCAUCACCACCACGGCGCAAUCGCACGACCGCAAUAUAGACAUCCGCCGAGUAAUUGACUCACCUACGCGCACCCGAGGCGACGCAAUCCGCACCACCACGCUCACUGCGCCGCGGAAACCCGCACGCGAGCCACGCGAGAUGGCGACACGCAGCCGGCGUAGCGCCGCGACUGCAGUUGCCGAGGAAGAGGAGGAGCAAGAGGGCCUCCAGAAGCUCAAGUUCAAGCAGUCGCUGGUGGGGAAGCCGGGCAAGCAGAUUGGCGUCACCGAGCUAUUGACGCGAUUGAAGGCGCUCUGCGACGAGCUGCGGGACAUUGCCCAGGAGGAGGCCGACACGGAAUCCCUCACCCCGUCGGCGAAGGAAUUGGCCCAUCACAGCCUAAUACAACACAAGGAUGCUGGAGUGCGGGCAUGGACAGCAUGCUGUCUCGUGGAAAUGUUCCGCCUGUUCGCGCCCAAUGCGCCCUACUCGGGAUCCCAGCUCAAGGACAUCUUCACUCUCAUCGUCGUCAAGAUCCUCCCUCUCCUCGCCGACCCCUCACAUCCCUACAACAGCCAGCAUCUGUACAUGCUGAAGUCGCUGGCUGAAUUCAAGAGCGUGGUCAUCAUCACCGAUAUACCCGGGUCCGCACACCUCACCAACUCCCUGUUUACCACUUGUUUCGAUGUACUGUCCGGGCCCUCGAGGGCGGCGAAUGGCGAAGAGCUGAGCAAGAACGUGGAACACCACAUGACGGCUGUCUUGUCUAUCUUAAUAGAUGAGGCACCGACCAUCUCACCUGAUGUGGUCGAUGUAAUUGUGGCCCAGUUUCUGUGGGCCGAUCCUAUCACCCUGGGGAGCUCCGCGAAAGCAAAGAAGCAUGCGGCGGUGGACACGAAGCAGUCGACGCUGCUACGCAAGGAAGCGCCACCGGCGUACAACAUGGCCAAGAACCUCUGCAACGCCUUCCCGGACAAGAUGGCCCGUCUUUUCGGGACCUACUUUGGAUCUAUCAUUGUGGACUUUGCCUCUGGGCCCGCUAAGCACCAGCAACAUCGGGCGGGUAGUGCUGGCGACAGCGAGGAUGAGGAAGCCAAAGGCCCGUCGGAAGAAGAUAUCAACGAUGCUAGCAAAGCCCAUCGACUACUCCGAGAAUUAUGGAGAUGCGCUCCGGGCGCGCUGCAAGAAAUUAUUCCCCAUCUGCAGGAAGAACUAGGCACUGAGAACGUGCAGCUUCGCCAGCUUGCUACCGAGACUUUCGGAGAUAUGGUCUCUGGCAUCGGCGCUGCUGGUCCGCCGCCGCAACCGGAACUAGAUCCUGCGGCAUACCCAUCGCAGAGCCUGAACCCUUCCUCUACUGUUCGCCCCUACAACUACCUUACCACGCCUGCAUCACUCAACUCUUUCCCCGCACAAUACCCUGGCGCAUACCAUGCUCUCCUCCAGCGCCGAAACGAUAAGUCUCCUAUCAUCCGCGCUGCAUGGACGACCGGCAUUGGCCGGAUAUUGAUGACCUCAGCAGGUGGCGUGGGUCUCGACCCUGACGAAGAGCAGAGGCUGCUAAAGUCGUUCGCUGAAUGCCUCCUUGACAGUGAUGAGCGAGUUCGACUUGCUGCGAUCAGGGCGAUUGAGCAUUUUGAGUUCAACGACGUCGUCCAGAAGCUUGGCAGUAACGGCAGCAUGUCAGAGCCAGGAUCCAUACUCUAUAAUCUUGCGGACCGCGUGAAAGACAGAAAGAUUGUCAUCCACACGGAAGCUAUCAGGCUGCUUGCUAGACUGUGGGGCGUAGCUGCGGGCGCCAUUGCUGAGGGCAACGAGCGGAUCACCGAGUUGCUCGAACCGAUACCCUCUAAGAUCUUUGACGCCUGUUAUGUGAAAGAUCCAGGAAUUACAGCUCAGGUGGACCUUGCCACAUACGAGGCUCUAAUUCCGCUCAGCUACCCACCGAUGAAGCCAAAAGCAGCCGUCAACGGCGGCUCUCAGGUCGUCAAAGACAGCCAACCAAGUGGCGAUCAAGGGUAUACAGAGGCCGAGCUUGACAAGAUCCGCGUAGAGAGGCAGCUUGUGCUCGUCCAUGGACUAGAAGAGAAAGCGAAGAAGGUCUUUUUUGCCAACCAGGGGAAUCAAGCAGCGCACGCUACGUACAUGGAGCACUUCCUGAAGAUGUGCGAAGAGUACAACGGUGGCGUCAUGGACAAAGGUGAAAAGGAGAUCAAGGCUAAGCUAGAGGGGCUCAUCAACUACUACAGCAAAACUCUCCCUGACUCCUCACGCGUAGUCGAGGAUCUAUGGAAGUUUGCAAAAGCGCAUGACCGCCGGAGUUAUCAGCUCAUCCGGUUUUGCAUGACCCCGGAGAGCGACUAUCGGAAAAUCUUCAAAUCCAUCAAAGAGCUCCGCAAGAGGAUCGAGGAGAACCCAGCCAGCCCCACUUUGCUCGAAACUCUCACUCCGCUGCUAUACCGUGUCGGCCUACUCUGCUACAACAAGAGCCAUGUUCCUGCCAUCAUCGAGUACACUCGGACCGACGACAAGGGUCUGGGAGCUACUGCACACGAGAUCCUCAAAGAGAUAUCCACAAAGCAUCCAAAAGUCUUCUCCACCCACGUCAAGGACCUCUGCAAGACGCUGGAAAGCGAAGCACCCACGGACAAGGCUACGAAUCCGCCAGGCGCGGUAGAUGACCUGAAAGCUUGCGCCAGCUUCGCGAAGAAAUUCCCCAAGGAAGUUCCUUUGAAUGCGAAGGACAGCCGGAAGUUGAUACAAAGCUUCCUGAACUUUGCGCUGUAUGGAUCGCCACCGAAGGCCGCGAAGCACGCAAUCACCAUCAUCAUGAGCAGCGAUAAUAAGAAGGAGAUGCAUGCUAAAGAAGUCUUGAAGAAAAGCAUGAAGAAUUUUGAGUAUGGAUGCGACCAUUGGCUAACCAAGCUCGCCGCUCUCAGCCAGCUCGUGCUCCUCGCCCCCCAAGAGUGCGGAGACGAUACCGAUGCCCUCGUCGAAAUCGCGGUGGAGGGCGUCCUGCUCAAAACUCAUUCCACAUCCCCAGAGGCCGAAGAGGAAUGGAUGGAGCCCCCGGAUGACGACAUCAUUGCCAGAUCGUGGGCUCUGAGGAUCCUCGUUAACCGAUUGCGCUCAUUCCCUGGGGAAGCGAACUUCGACAAAGUCGUGGCUCCAGUCUACACACUGCUCAACCGGAUGGUCAAGAAAGGCGGUGAAGCUUCCAAGAAGAACAAUACGCCGUUGGCUCACAAGAACCGUCAGCGGCUUCUUGCGGCCAACUUCCUCCUCAAGCUUGCUUGCCAGCGUCGCCUGGAUAGCAAAAUCACGUCUGCAGAUUUCAUCCAGCUUGCGCUUGUGACUCAUGAUAGUUGUCUCCAUGUCCGCAAGAGCUUUGCGUUGAAGUUGAUGAAGUAUCUCGGACAGAACCGGCUAUCGUCUCGCUACUACAGCAUCCUCUUCCUCUUCGCAUACGAUCCCGACUCGCAUCUGAGGGAGACUCUAGCGACGUGGAUCCGCUCUCGUCGGGCAGCCUUUACAUCUCGUAAAGAGACCCUCCUCGAGACGUCAGUUUUCGCCCGGCUCCUCAGCUUGCUCGCUCAUCAUCCGGACUUCAACAACGACCCCGACACGCUAAAGGACAUGGCUGGAUUCAUUCUCUACUACUUAAAGUGUGUUGCCACCGAGGACAAUCUUGCGCUCAUCUAUCACAUGGCUGGACGAGUAAAGACUGUCAAAGAUGGCAUCGAUCCCUCGGGCCAGACCGACAAGAACCUGUACAUACUCUCCGACCUGGCUCAGGCACUGAUCCUUCUAUGGGAGGAUAACAAUGGCUGGAGCAUGCAGACAUUCCCCGGCAAACAGAAGCUGCCCGGUGGCAUCUUCAAGCCGAUGGAGAGCCAUGAGCGAGGUCAAGAGAUCGCGAACAAGCAGUACAUCGACAAAGAUUUCGGUGAAGAGCUCGAGCCGCUUGUGCGCAAGUCGAUACGGAGCAAGAAGCGGAAAGCGACCGAAGGCGGCGAGAAGUCACGCAAGAAAGUGAAGAGCGAGAAAGCCGUUAAGAAAGAGAAGAUUAAGGUGGAGAGGCCGACAAAGACGCCCCGGAAGAAGAGGAAGAGUGGCGAGAGUGAGGAUGAGGAUAUGGAAGACGUCGCUGCCCCGUCGAGUGAGCCGAGGCGCAAGAGCGGCAGGAAGAGCACUGCGCACAAGAGCUAUGUCGAGGUCUCGAGCGAUGAAGAUGAGGCGGAUACCGAAGCCGGCGCUGAAGAAGAUGAGGAGAUGUCUGAUGCCGAAUCUCCGGCGCCCGAGAAAGACAUGGAAAUGGCCGAGCCAGAGAAGGCAGCAGAGAACGAGCCGGCAGAAGAAUCCGCACUGUCUGAGGCCGAGGCAGAGCCCGAACCGGAACCAGAGCCGCCGAAAGGAGCCAGGAAGCGAGGCACGAAGAAGACAAACGGUGUGGCAUCAUCGCCCGUGGCGCAGAAGCGCAAAGCUGCCGAACUCGUCGAAGAACCCUCUUCGGCCAAAGCGUCGAAGCGUAAAGCCGCCGAGCCUAUCGAAGAGCCUACAUCGGCCAGAGGACCGAAAGCAACCCGGGGUUCAGCAAAGGGCAAGGCUAAAGCCAACGGCACGUCCGACGCAGGAUCCUCCAGCCCGGUUGCGAACGGCACAGGUUCCGUCCGACGCAGCGGCCGCACUCGGAGCUGAGCGACACACUUCCAUCACCUUUAGUAUAGUAGUAUAUGUUCUUACCUAGCGGUUCGCUGCUUUCUUUCACUCUGCCUUUUCGAAUUCGACUUUGAUGCAUGCGCGCAAAAGUGGUUAGUUAUCUUGAAAGUUACAUUUCGUUUUCGUGUGGAGAGCGGAGUUUUUCAUAUUCAACCCCACGAUAGCUAUGAUGUGUAUGCGAUGAUGGGGUUUAGUUAGUUGCAUGUCUUCCUUUCGCAUGAUACCUUUCUCUCUGUAUAUAGGAUGUGUGUGUAAAGCGAGGUCGGCGCCUUGUCAUCGAUGUGACAUUUGUCUUCGUACGGAGGGGUUCAUCUAUGCGGAUUUACAUAGGUAUUUUUGGAGAGAUAGCGAGGCGCGCGCGUGGUAGCUAGUGCAAUAGGGGCCUUGAGCGUAGGAUACCUCCUAGGUAUGAAGUGAAUCUCAGCGUAAUCUUCUUUCGAGU